CCAAAAAUUAACACAAAUUUCGGAGUUAAAUAGGACAGCAAAUAUUUUCAGACACACAUUUAAUGGGGGAAUGCCACUUUAUGAAUGUUUCAGUUAUAUUAUAAAAACCAUUUAUGUUUUAUAAUAAUAAAUGUAAUUCAACGUGUGCCGUGGAGUAUACAAACUUAUUAAAAGUAGGAGGGGAAAUCUCAGAAAGAUAAAAAAAACCAGUUUACAGUAUUGAACUAAAAAUAUAUAUAUAUAUGUUUUUAGACCCUAUAACUACUACUACUCUCGACACAAGCCAGUGGAAAUGGAAUAUAAUAAAGUAACAGAAAUCGUUUUGCAGCACUGGACCAUUCAAUUUUUAUUAAUGCAGAAAUUUGGAGUUCGCGAAAAUCUACUGAGAUCAUUGUUCAACUUGUCACAAUAAUUCGUAUGAUGGGGGAUUAUUCGGCUAAUUUUCGAGUGAAUUUUUCGGAGAGUGAUUUUGCGGAGCGGUUAUUUGACCAAUGUCGCCAAGUGGAAAAACCCAAUAUUACUUUAGAUUUGAAUAACUUCAAAAAGUUAUCCGAAAAGUUUCCCGCCGAGUUUCCCAUCGAUAGCUGCCGGGUGAAGGCGCAACCGGAGGAUCGAAGCGAGCGAAUCCGGGAGCAGAUCGCAUCCGCCUAUCCGGUGAUUCACGAACGCACCCUCAUGCUCUACAUCUCUUUUCUGGAGCACAAGCUGAAGUUCGGCAGCGACCAGGAAAAGAGGAUGUACCAGAACAUGACUGUGGUGGACUUUGUGCAGCGUCUUCUGGCGAAGCGAUGUGUGUGGUUCUUCGGCGGAGGGGAUUACUAUCACACCAUGGAUGGAGAAACCGGAUUCGAUGGCUUCGAGGACGUGGGCACUCCCGCGGAGAAGCACCCUUUGAAACUAACCUCCGUGCUCAGCUACGACGAGAUCAAGUUGGCCGCCCUGCUCUACGUCUCCACCCACUCGGAGUUCAUCAACAGUGGACGCAGGGAGAAUGCCGGCGAGGUGACCCAGAAUAAGGACACAAUCGAACGCGAGGGCGUGAUUAUCGGUCUGAUUGGAGGCCGAUUCGAGCGUCCCUAUGUAAUGGAGUACCAGGAUAUUAUGAUUACCCAGACCCAAAACACCCAAGCCAGGGGAUACGGUUCGACGAACACCUCCACUCCAUCUGGGGAUCUUCGUAGAAUUUGGCGAGAUUUCUACGGCGAGCCGAAGGAUUUUAUUUACGAGGAAGUAUCGGAAAAAGACGAUCGGAUUGAAAUGGUUCCGGAAGGUUUUUUUGAUCACCAAAUAAUGGGGAAGCGAUAUGCCAUCAGUUUUGAUACCCUCCUUAUUGAGGCAGAUUCGAGGGCCGCCAAGAUGGGUAAGCCCGCCUACAUCCAUGUGGUGGGCAUCGGACUGGGUGUUUGGAGGGUAUCUCAGCGACAGACGCGGACCUUCUUCGAAUCCUUCGAGGAUCGAUUGCGGGCACUGGGAUCACGACUCAGUCACAUCGGCGUGGUGCGCUUUUCCUCGUUCCAUUCGGCACAUGUGGGAGGCCUCUACGAUGGAGCCGUCUUUCCCGUGGACGGACAUCCCCAAGGGGGUAUACGCAUCCGCAAUUCAAAUCGAAAUCCCGCCGACAAACUGGCGGAGGACAUGUUGCUCGUGGUUACCUAUGCCUGGGAUGGAAAUGCCCUUCCCGGCAACGAAUUUUGGUCGGGUUCGCUGGCCGGCUCUGGAGAUCCGGCAGCCGCCUGCUCCACUCUGAUUUCAGAGCUGCAGAAUCCCCACAUUAAUGUGGGGUACAUGAGUGGAUCCAAUCUGCACGUCGCCUCCGAGCACCAUGGAUUACUCCACGUGGGUGAUUACGCCAAGCGUGUGGUAUUUUAACUUUAGCUAUUUUUUGAUAUUUUUACACUUUAUAAUACUCUAUUUAAAAUCGGCUUUUUACAGAUUGCCUUAUUAAAUGUAUAGCUUCGAUAACAACUAUACUUUAAAGGCUUGUAAAACUUGUUUAAAUAUUUAUCAAGUGUUAAUUAAACUACGUAAGCAAGUACUGCAUUUUGUGUAAACUAAUUAAUACAAAAAUACUCAUAUCUUGGGGAGUAUUAAUUUAUAUUAAAGUGAUGUGUUUAUACAUGGUUUUACAAAUAAGAUGGGAAAAAAAAGACACAACAAAUUGUUAACUAGACGUAGGAAUUAAAAGAGUAAAGUGAAUCAUUGCAAAAUGUGUAGUGCCUAUUUCGUCCAAAAAACCAGGAUAAUAGGAGCAAAGGAGUGUGUGCCCAAUGUGUGUUGCAGUC